AUGGCUUUCUUUACCAACACAAAAUUCUUGGGAUCAGCCGUACUAUUUAUUACCAUAUUGCUAAAUACUGCCUUGAUCGGAUUUGUGGUAUACUUGCACAGUGUGGCAUAUAAUAGGUUUUUGAGUUUUAUUGUGACUGAUUCAACCUUUGGAACCACUAGCAUAAUUGGAGCAUGCAUAGGUUUAUACGGAUUUCUAAGUGGCAACAUAAGUGCAUUAUCAACAGAGUUUUACCACGCUAUUGUUUCAGUGGUAUUUACAUCAGGUUUAACAGCAUUACAUGUAGUUUCAGCUCAGUAUUUGAGUCCAACCAUAAAGGACUAUGACAGUUUAUUCAACUGUUUUUAUCUGACAUCCGGAGCUUUUAUUCUUAUGGCGAUUGCAAACGCAUACGUUGCACUGUUAAUCGGACGUUUUAUGAAGGAGAAUUCAGAGGCACGCGAAAAUAACAAGUUGUCGACUCAUGAGAACAAUAGUGACAAGUUUUACGAUACAUGCAAGCUUAAUGAGACUACUUAUAGUACACAAGUAUAA